AUGUCUCCCACCGAUCCAAUCGUCUCCACCGGUCGCGGAGGCGCCGGCAACAUCGGCCGCGACCCCACCGUCUACACGGACGGCGAAAUCGUCCGCGAAGGGAUCCAAGGCGAGCCCGAGCGGCCGGGCAAGGACUACAGCACCGGCCGCGGCGGCGCCGGCAACAUCGGCUCGCCGCGCCUGUCGCCGCAACCCAACAACGCCAACAACGCCGGCGCCAGCGCCACGUCGCAAACCGGCACCGCCUCGCCCGCCACCCGCGCCGCGCUGCAGCAGCAGCAGCAGGCCGGCGGAGGCGGAUCAGACGUCAUCCCGGAGACGGCGCUGCGCCAGCCCGGCGCGGGGUACGAGAACUUUCACACCGGGAGGGGCGGCGAGGGCAACGUGCAUCGCGAGAAGUAUGGCGGCCAUAGCUCGCCGCAGCCGGGGUCCGGGUCGGGAGGGGAGGGCAGGCAGGAGGGUGGGGGGUUGGGGGAGAAAGUCAAGUCGUUGUUUCAUAAGGAUAAGGGGGAGAAGAAGGUGUGA